AUGGGGCAUCGCCGGUUUCUACCUCCAGAUCAUGAGUUCCGUUUUGAUGCCAAAUCAUUUGAUGGGUCUGAAGAACAUAGAGCAGUACCCAUUGCUUAUGCUCAGACUGCAAUUCUUGACAAGAUAAAAUCAGUUAAGGACUUUGAGAAAUCCAAAACCUGGAAAGAAGUGAGUGCAAAAGUUCUUUACAUUGAAGAUCUCGAGAAAUUGGAGGAGAGAAUCAUAAUGACGUUAUGUCGUAUGGAAAUGAUAUUCCCGCCAGGAUUUUUUACUGUUAUGGUGCAUUUGGUUAUUCAUCUAGCAACUGAGGCAAAAAUAGGUGGUCCAGUUUGCUACCGUUCGAUGUGGUUUACGGAAAGGUACCUAGGUAAGCUGAAAUCAAAUGUUCGCAAUAAAGCUCAUCCCGAAGGAUCUAUAGCUGAAGCAUAUUUGGCAGAUGAGUGCAUGACAUUCUGUUCAAGAUAUAUUGUUGGUUUUGAGACCAAACAUAACUUGACUUCACGGAACGAAGAUAGUGAGGAGUUGGUUGGGCAUUGUGACGUUACACGAAGAUCAACUUUAUUUCCUCAUGCUGGCAACCCACUUGGAAAGCCUGGGAACUUUGUUUUAAGGGGUCUAGAUAAAGUACAAGCUCACAGAUAUCUAUUGUUCAAUUGUUCUGAUGUGAACUCAUACCUUAGAGCUCAUGCUGAUGAGAUCAAGCACAGACGAAAUGUAAACCUAGAUACUAUCGAGAGGACCCAGAACGAGAAGUUCCACGAAUGGUUCCGAGCUCAUAUCAAGAAUUUGGAGGAGGAAAAUGGCAUCAAUAGUAUUAAAAAUGAUAUUAGAUGGCUGGCCCGGGGCCCAGUUCAUGCAGCAAGAAGAUACCGGAAUGCAAAUCCAGUUUUACGUGAUGUGACGUACUAUGGGAGGAUAAUUGAUAUUAUCGAGAUGAACUAUUCUGGGCAAUUUUCGGUGGUGUUGUUUAAAUGUGAAUGGGUUGAUGUAUUUUCUGAAGAAGGAAUACAGAAAGACAAGAUUUAA